GGGCCGGCUGGGCCGGCACUCACCCUCGACCCACCUGCACUGUAAUGGUAGUCUAUCAGUGGUAGGUUCCAGGUUCCCCGGGGCAUGUAGGCAGUUAGUGGUUGCCAGGUGUUCGGAGCCACCAGCGCUCCAGGUACCCUGGGAGCUUCUCUAUCAGCGGUGCUGGCUCUUGUGGAGAUGCCCAAUUGACAGGAGAGCUACUGAGGACCAGAACGCUCCCCCUUUGAACCAGUUCCACGGUGCCCAUGGCUCUGCGGGCCAGUCUGUUGCCCCUGUGCUGCUUGGCACUCCUGGCACUGUCUGUCCAGAGCUGCGGACCGGGCCGGGGACCGGUUGGCCGGCGGCGAUACGUGCGCAAGCAGCUUGUGCCUCUGCUGUACAAGCAGUUUGUGCCUAGUGUGCCCGAGCGGACCCUUGGCGCGAGUGGGCCAGCGGAGGGGAGGGUAGCAAGGGGGUCCGAGCGCUUCCGGGACCUCGUACCCAACUACAACCCCGACAUAAUCUUCAAGGAUGAGGAGAACAGCGGGGCUGACCGCCUGAUGACAGAGCGUUGCAAAGAGCGGGUGAACGCUCUAGCCAUUGCGGUGAUGAACAUGUGGCCUGGAGUGCGCCUACGUGUGACUGAAGGCUGGGACGAGGAUGGCCACCACGCUCAGGACUCACUCCACUACGAAGGCCGCGCCUUGGAUAUCACCACGUCUGACCGUGACCGCAAUAAGUAUGGUUUGCUGGCGCGCCUAGCAGUGGAAGCCGGCUUCGACUGGGUCUACUACGAGUCCCGAAACCACGUCCACGUGUCGGUCAAAGCUGAUAACUCACUGGCGGUCCGAGCCGGCGGCUGCUUUCCGGGAAAUGCUACAGUGCGUCUGCGGAGCGGCGAGCGGAAGGGGCUGAGAGAACUCCAUCGUGGUGACUGGGUACUGGCCGCCGAUGCAGCGGGCCGGGUGGUGCCCACGCCGGUGCUACUCUUCCUGGACCGGGACUUGCAGCGCCGCGCCUCCUUCGUAGCUGUGGAGACCGAGCGGCCUCCGCGCAAACUGUUGCUCACACCCUGGCAUCUGGUGUUCGCGGCUCGUGGGCCAGCGCCGGCUCCAGGUGACUUUGCACCGGUGUUCGCGCGCCGAUUACGCGCUGGGGACUCGGUGCUGGCUCCAGGCGGGGACGCGCUCCGGCCGGCUCGUGUAGCCCGUGUGGCCCGCGAGGAAGCAGUGGGCGUGUUCGCACCGCUCACUGCGCACGGGACGCUGCUGGUAAACGACGUCCUCGCCUCCUGCUACGCGGUUCUGGAGAGUCACCAGUGGGCCCACCGCGCCUUCGCUCCUUUGCGCCUGCUGCACGCGCUCGGGGCGCUGCUCCCCGGGGGUGCGGUCCAGCCGACUGGCAUGCAUUGGUACUCUCGACUACUUUACCGCUUGGCGGAGGAGUUAAUGGGCUGAGCAUCCGAGUAUAGAUGUACUCCAGGCUCUGGGCGAAACAGAAACCAAGGCGUGCUAAGAUCUGGGGAUGUGGGCAGCAGGUGAUGCUGAUUGGGAAAGUGGGUGUGGAAAGAGACUUAGAGAAAAAGAAGAGCUGUAUUGGAACUUAUUGGUUUAGGGGCAACUUCUAGCUGAGAGGAGUGCUCCUCCGGUCCUUGAUGACUGGGUUUGCUGAUGGAUACUCUUUAAUGAGGACUUUUUUUGCGUCUUCCCCAGUGGCCCAGUCUCACCAGAUAAUUUUAUUUUCUAUUUAUAAAUUGUAAUAUAAUGAUCCGGUUUCCCAGCCCACCAAGGUGAGGGCCUGGAGUGUGGCGUUAACACUAUCUGACACAGCCAGUCAAUCUGAUGCCUCGCGUUCUCCUGCAGGUGGCUUAAUAAAGGGAAGGUUUAUUGGAAACCACCUUCACUCAGGCAAUUCACCUCCAAAGAGGAGGAGAAUCCGGACUAACCAGAGUCAACACCUAAUGCCCAACUCUCCCUUCUUCUGCAGCAGGAUCUUUCAAACCCUUUUGCUGCAGAGGGCGUCCCAACCCAUCAGCAACAGACCAGAAAUACGCUGCCCUGUUUUUGGUGCUGGUCUCACCCCCAUCUGGGACCAAAACUGUUCUUAUGAGUACACAUCCCAACUCGGGGGUGGGGGUGGGGCUUACUGAAGGAGCCUGAAGGCUGAUGCUCAAUGCAUUUGGAGUCUUCUAUGAACUGUUUUGGCCUAUCCCUGUCGACUAUAAACCAGCCCAGCCGCCUCCUGCCCGCUGAUGAAGCGGUCUGAUUUUCUUUUUUAUGGGAUUUUGCUAGGCCAAUUUAUGAACCAUGGGUGUUCCUUACAGUCCACACACAUUUGUGGCCUAGACAAAAAUCCUAGAGUGACCAGGAAUGGUGGUACCCGCCUAUAAUUUCAACACUCUGGAGAUUGAGAAAGGACAAAACAGGAGGACUAUGAGUUCAAGGCUAACUUGGGCUACAUUGU